AUGAGCGCGGACGAGAAGUACUACACCGACGAGAAGCACCUCGGCACUCCGCCGUACGACGAGAAGGGAGAUGUCGUCGUGUCCGCCGUCCCCGUCGAGGAGGAGGACCUUGAGACGACGCACAUCGGCGACCAUCAUCUCAGGCGUGACCUUCCGCCGCGCGUCGUGUCCAUGAUCGCCAUCGCCGGCACGAUCGGCACGGGUCUCUUCCUCGGCUCUGGCACGGCGCUCACCAUGGGUGGGCCCGUGGGCAUGUGGCUCGGCUACACGUUCAUUGGUUUCGGAGUCGGUUUCAUGAUGCAGUCCCUCGGAGAAAUGGUCUGCUACCGUCCCAACGUCGGCUCGUUCCUCGAGUUCGGCACCAAGUUUGUCGACCCCGCGCUUGGUUUCAUGAUGGGCAUCAACUUGACGCUGCAGGUUGCCUUCGGUGUGCCGACCGAGCUGGCCGCCAUUGCGACCCUCUUCACAUUCUGGGACCCCAACAAGAACCACGCCGCCGCGUACAUUGCCGGCUUCCUCGUGCUCACUGUCCUCGUCAACAUCAUCGGCGUCAGGUGGUACGGCGAGAUUGAGUUCUUCUUCGCUUGCAUCAAGGUCGCUACACUCGUUGGCUUGAUGAUCUUCGGCCUCAUUGCCGACCUGGGUGGCAUCCCGACGAACCGCGAGUACAUCGGCGGCAGGUAUUGGCGCGAUGAGCCUUUCAACGACAACUUCAUGAACAUCCGCCCUGUGGGCCUGUCGCGCUUCUGUGGAUUUUGGUCCGUGUUCACCAAGGCUGCGUUCUCGUUCAGCGCCAUCGAGUCCGUCGCUCUCGUCGCCGGUGAGGCGCACAACCCGCGCCGCACCAUGAAGAUGGCCAUUCGCACGGUCUUCUACCGUAUCGUUGGUAUCUACGUCCUGUCGACCCUCAUCAUCGGCCUCACCGUCAGCCAGUACUCGCCCCUGCUGCUUACGUCUAUGAAGGACGGAGCCGGAACUGCUGGUGCCUCUCCCUUCGUCGUCCUCUGCAAGCAGAUGAAUGUCAAGGUCCUCCCCCACAUCAUCAACGCUGUCGUCGUCACUUCUGCCCUCUCCUCGGGUAACGAGCAGAUGUACGCCCUCUCCCGUGGCCUCAUGGGCAUGGCGCGUAACCACCAGAUGCCCAAGAUCUUCCUCAAGACCUCGAAGCAGGGUAUCCCCUACGCCGGUGUUCUGCUGUCGGCGCUGUUCAGUUGCCUUGCCUUCCUCUGUGUCUCUGAGGGUUCCAACGUCGGCUUCGUCUGGCUGUCCAACCUGUCCGCCCUCUCCGGCCUCAUGACCUGGAUCUGCAUCUGCGUCUGCUUCAUCCGCUUCCAGAAGGCCUGCAAGGUCCAGGGCAUCGACCGCAACAAGUUCGUUUUCAAGGGCUUCCUCCAGCCGUACCUCUCGUACUUCACGAUCAUCUUCUUCUCCAUCAUCCUCAUCUUCAACGGAUACACGGCCUGGAUUCCCAAGUUCAAUGUCUCGACAUUCUUCGCGUCCUACAUCACCCUCGCCGUCAUCCUCGUCUCCUUCGUCAGCUGGAAGGUCAUCAAGAAGACCAAGAUGGUUCCUCUCGACGAAGUUGACCUGUCGGGCGGCCCCCGCGAGGCCAUGAUCGGCACGAGGUACGACCCCAUGUACAACGGCGCUACCAACAACGUCUAUGCGUAA